AAAAUUGGCAGUGCUAAAAGUGGCAGUGGUAGUAAAAGUGGCAGUGGUAGCAAAAGUGGCAGUGGUAGUAAAAGUGGCAGUGGUAGUAAAAGUGGCAGUGGUAGCAAAAGUGGCAGUGGUAGUAAAAGUGGCAGCAGAGGUCAAAGUGGCAGUGGCAGUAAUCGUGAGGGCGAUGAAGAUGUUGACAUGCUUAAUGACAUGAUGACCAAUGACCCAGAUUAUGAUUGCUUCGAAAGCUUUGAUUAUUAUUGGAUUGGUCUGAACGAUGAAUUCCAAGAGGGUGAAUAUAGAUGGCGUUUCAAAGACGGAAGAGACUAUCCAAUGGGUGACUUUACCAACUGGCGAAUCGGAAAGCCAAACAGUGAACCAAUGAACACAGCCGACUGUGUAAUGGUAAGUGCACUUCAAGACCAUGUCUGGACAGAUGGCGAGUGCGGCGAGGAUCACGCCUACAUGUGCCAGUUUGAUCCAAUAGAUGACUGCGAACAGGAGGAGAUAGAAGAGGAGUGUGACGCACUUGGUUGGGCAGAUGAUGUUCCAGAGGGUGUAUCAGAUUCCUUUGACGGUAUAUACUUCAAGUAUUACGACGAGGCAUUGACAUUUGACAAAGCAGAUGCAAGUUGCCGAGGACAGGGUGGGGUGUUAGCAAUUCUCAAUGAACCUGAUAGUCAAAAGCUCUUAGACUCAUAUCUUGUUUACAUUGGGGUAAAUGGUGGAUAUUGGAUCGGGCUUCAGAGACCACAGGCACUGGGAACACAGACAGAUUAUAAUGAAAAUAGAGCUAGCAGUGGAAGUAGAAGCAAUGGCAGUAGUGGUAAAAGUGAAAAGAGUGAUACAAGCGGAAGUAAAGAAUCUGGGAGUGACAAAAGUGAAAAUAGCAAAGAAAGUAGCGGAAGUAAAGAAUCUGGGAGUGACAAAAUUGAAAAUAGCAAAGAAAGUAGCGAAAGUAAAGAAUCAGGGAGUGACAAAAGUGAAAAUAGCAAAGAAAGUACCGGAAGUAAAGAAUCUGGGAGUAACAAAAAUGAAAAGAGUAAUGAAGAAAGUGGCCAAAAAUCUGAUAGAAAAAGAAAAAAACGAAGUUUGGAUGAUAUAAGAAGCAAAAGUGGCAGCGGUGACAAAAGCAAAAGUGGCAGCGGCGACAAAGAGUGGCAGCGGCGACAAAAGCAAGAAGUGGCAGUGGCGACAAAAGCAAGAGUGGCAGCGGCGACAAAAGCAAGAGUGGCAGCGGUGACAAAAGCAAGAGUGGCAGCGGGGACAACAGCAAGAGUGGCAGCGGCGACAAAAGCAAGAGUGGCAGUGGGGACAACAGCAAUAGUGGCAGCAGCGACAAAAGCAAGAGUGGCAGCGGUGACAAAAGCAAAGUGAGUGAAGGAAGACCCAUUAAUAUGCCUGAUGAUAUAGAAAAUUGGUUUGUCUGGCGUUUGCCUGGGAAAAACGACCUUCCCCUAGAUGAAUGGCAACACUGGGGACCUAAUGAGCCAAGUGAUCUUCCUGACUUUGAGUGUGUAUUCAGUAAAGUAGGCAACAAGUGGACAAGUGCCCGCUGUACUGACCGCAGACCCUAUGUAUGCCAAUUCACUCCCGGUCACCAGAGUAUGUGUAAGACUGAAGUAGAAAAUCCAGUCGAUCAGGGUGAAACGUGUACUACAAUCGCCA